GAAGCCGAUUUGCGAAAAGCAAACUCUUGUUUAUUUGUUGAAGUAGAAGUAUCGCGUCUGCACACCUCUACUUACACGACUUUGAGUCAAACAAAAACCACUGUAAAUCUUUCGACAAAAUCUUCGCACACACGCAAAACAACUCACACCAAAGUACUUACUAAAAAAAAGUCCGCUACUUCUUCAACACUCACCAACCACUUUGGAAGCUAGCUUCUCCUUCUGUUGCAUUUCAACAAGGAGUUGUAUUUCGACCGACGUAAGUUUCAUUACGAUUCUGGAAAUAAUAAACAAUUUUCUUCCGAAACUACAAACAGUACUUCUGUACACCUCUUCAAGAAAGAACGAUUGCAAAGAAGAUGCCGGUUCAUUUUAUGAACAAGAAGCGCCAGGCGGCUGCCGGCGCAGCUGCAGUCACGACUUUUGCAGGAGCUGCCUCGUUGUUGGCUAUUGAA